AUGAACCGCCCCAUCCAGGUGAAGCCGGCUGACAGCGAGGGUCGAGGAGAAGACAGGAAGCUCUUUGUGGGCAUGCUGGGGAAGCAGCAGAGUGAGGACGAUGUCCGGCGCCUUUUCGAGCCCUUUGGCCAGAUUGAGGAGUGCACCAUCCUCCGGGGGCCUGACGGCGCCAGCAAAGGUGAACUUUGGGGCUCUGGCCAAACCAUGCCGGGCGCCUCGUCCAGCCUGGUGGUGAAGUUUGCAGACACAGACAAGGAGAGGACCCUGCGGCGGAUGCAUCAGAUGGCAGGGCAGCUGGGCAUCUUCAACCCCAUGACCAUCCAGUUUGGCGCCUACGGGGCCUACACGCAAGCGAUCAUGCAGCAGCAGGCAGCCCUGAUGGCAGCGGCACAGGGGGGCUCCAUCCCCAUGGCUGCCUUCGCUGCCGCCCAGAUGCAGCAGAUGGCUGCCUUCAACGUCAGCGGGCUGGUGGCUGCCCCCCUCACCCCCUCUUCAGCACUGACACCCCCUCCCACAGGUACGAGCACCCCGCCGGGUAUCAGCACAGCGCCGGUGCCCAGCAUCGCCACACCGAUCGGCGUGAACGGCUUCAGCCCCCUGCCGCCCCAGACCAAUGGGCAGCCCACUUCUGAGACCAUCUACACCAACGGCAUCCACCCCUACCCAGCAGCAUAUCCCACUGCCUACGCACCCAUCAGCCAAGCCUUUCCCCAGCAAGCGCCCAUCAUCCCGCAGCAGCAGCGAGAAGGUCCCGAGGGCUGUAACCUGUUUAUUUAUCACCUGCCCCAGGAGUUCGGGGAUGCAGAGCUCACGCAGAUGUUCUUGCCUUUCGGCAAUGUCAUCUCUGCCAAAGUCUUUGUGGACCGUGCCACCAACCAGAGUAAAUGCUUUGGUUUUGUCAGUUUUGACAAUCCGACGAGCGCUCAGGCGGCCAUUCAGGCCAUGAAUGGCUUCCAGAUCGGCAUGAAGAGGCUAAAAGUCCAGCUAAAGCGGCCGAAAGAUGCCAACAGACCCUACUGA